CACCUCAGUGCAGCUUAUCAUUUAUAUGACCCAUUUUGAUGGUGUAAUGCAUUACUGCAUUGAACAAGGCCGCGGAAAGUCACCAUGGCUUCAGAGGGCGAAACGUCUGUGAUGGACCCUGACCUGAGUGAGCUUGCCGAUACGAAGAAUUCGAAAGGACAUGGAUUCCGCUGUUUCAAGCAUGAUGGGCUGUAUUUCUUCAUGUUGCCUGAACACCUGGUGAAGGGACAGAAACAAGCAGACAGAAUAAAAAGUGUCACAGAAGCCGAACUGAAGGACGAUGACAUCAUUAUCUGUGCGUAUCCCAAAUGCGGAACCCACUGGUUGUGGGAAGUCCUCGAGAUGCUAAUCAGUGGGACCAUCCAUUAUCAAAAGGAUGUCAAAGAAACCAGGAUGUUGGAAUUCAUCUUCAAAGAAGGAAUAGAAGCAGUGCCACAGCCACGUGUCUUCAACAGCCACCUCCCUCUGCGCAUGCUCCCUAAACAGGUCGUGGAGAAGAAGAUCAAGUGUAUUCAGAUCAUGCGCAACCCUAAGGAUGUCUGUGUGUCCUUCUUCAACCACUGCAGAGAUGUGACUCCACCAUAUAACUAUGAGGGGGACUUCGUGGAGUUUACAGAGGCGUUUUUGUCAGAGAAAUGUCCGUUUGGAUCCUACUCCACCUAUCUGCUAUCAUGGAAAACCGAAGUGGCAGCUGCACCAGAGUUACCUGUCCUUGAUAUGUACUACGAGUACAUGAAAAUUAGUCCUGUUAAGGCUGUUAAAGACAUCGCCAAAUUCCUCGGCCUAUCAUCUACUGACAAGUACUGUGAAGAGGUCGCACUUGCUUGUUCCUUUAAGAAGAUGAAAAAGGUUGACGAGGAAAUAAAAGGUGACGGUCCAAUGAAGAUCUGGGCAGACGGCAGCGAAGGAACAUUCUACAGGAAAGGUGAAAUCGGAGACUGGAAGAAUUGGUUCACUGUGGCAGAAAGCGAGAGAUUUGAUCAAAAGUGGAAUGCCAAGAUGAAGGGUUCUGGGUUCACGUUUACCUACACACCCGUGUGAGGUCAUGUAGCGAGUGUCAGCUGUAUUAACCUUACCAUUCCACGUGCAAUACUAGAACCCGCCUAUCCUUCCAUGAAGGAAAAAAGAAUGUGCUUAUUGCUUAUAAUAUAUAAGCAUACUUUUUUAUCUUCAGUUUAUUAAAACCUAAUUUCAAAAGAAUUCAUAGAAAUGUGCCUUGAAUAGAUUGUUGGCUAAGAUUUUAACCUACCUUGUGACAUUAAACGUAUCGAAGACAAAAACUCAUAAAAAUCAAAAACGUUCAUGUGACUAAACGUCAGGACUAAACGUAAACUAAAACGUACACCUCUCACAAGUGUAAGCUGCAACUUAACGACACCCACGGCCGAAAGCAUGUCACACUUGUCGGAGGGGUACACAAAGUACGUGAUCUAGACUAUCAGUUGCCAGAAUUCCACUUGGUGUAAACCGCAAAGUAGGUUAGAUCGCUGACUUUACCGUGCUUGUGAUUAGUUGUCUAACAUUGAGAGUGUUGGACAGUACUCAAAACAUUAAAGUACCAGAAUCUGUACCUUAAUGAGAAAUCAUGUGAUAUCACACUGAAUGUUGAUCAUUAUCUGAAAUAAAAUUUUUAAUUCAUUAUUCAUACGCACAUUUUACAUCAUUAACUGAAAGUGUAAACAGAAGGACAGAAUGAAUGAUCCUGGAACCUUUGUUCACUCAUCCUUGACAUCAAAAGAAUUACCAUAUAUGCACAACGAGCUUGGCCAAUGACAUCACGGAAUUUCCGGAAACAUCAGCGCAUUGGUAAUUGUUUUUAUGCUUUUCACUGUAACCAAGACAGAUAGUCAGAACUGUCAAUGAAUAUUGUUGCCCGUGAUUGUGCGUCACUCAUUGGGUCUUGCAGAAUGGAAACUUUGAUAGUUUCUUAUUUAUUUACGAAAUCAGUGUACGACACUUGUUUAUCACACACUAAUUCUUGCGACGAUACUUUACUCCUACAUAUUCUGAACAGCAUUAGCCAAUCUAGGCAAAGAGACGACGAACGGAUCCCUCAAAGAUGGGGAAAAUGCUACACGGUGUAAAAAUAGAUUUUUGUUCUUUUGACAUUUCAUGCAGUUGCAGUAUUCGAACCAGGGUAACGAUUCUAAGGUUGCUGGUUACGUUUCAUAAUGAAUCAUUGAUAAUCAAAAAGAAGAAAACCCAUGAUUAUUAACAUGCUAUUUAUAAAACUAAAAUCUCCAUAUAAAUAUUUGGUAUUCUGUAUCCUGUGACUGGCGAUUUAGUAUAUUAUUGAAAAUGAUGAGUUUUAUGUUGUACAUGAUUUUCUAGGUUAAAACAGUAUUGCAACUUUUCUCAAACUGUUGGCGAUAUACCACAUUUCACAACUUUGAAGUGUACAUUUGAUUCACCUUGAAUUUAAUAUAACUUCAAAGUGUUCCAGUGCAAUCAACAUGUAAUAACGGAUGAAGCCAAGCCAUACUGACUUUUAUAUAGUAGCCAGUGAAGGACUAUACCAGCCAGCUUAUUUUACAUUUGCUUUACUUACUGUUGUUGGUUACUUAACAGUUGGGCCGUUAGAUCAAAUAAGAGACUUAAUAAAAUACUAUAUGAUA